GUCUUUAUGAUUAGUUCAGAUUAUCAGGGGGGUCACAAUGAUAAAAGUAGAUUAGAAAGGCAGCACGAACGCCAGGACUUUACCAGGGGUCUAUAGAAAUCAGUCCGUACCCUAACACCCAAUGGUCUAGCUCAGAAAGAAGACUCUGUAAACAUACUGAUUUUCGGGUUUCCGUUCUUGGGUAAAUCAUUGUAUUCAAAAAAAUUUAAGUGCACCGGAUUUUAGUUCUCAUUGCAAAGGGCGAUUAGUAUAAGGGAUGCCACCCAAAAAGGUUGUUAGGAAAAAGAAAAAGAAACCCGUUAAAAAGGACCCUGUAAUUACAGACGAACAAAUUAAAUUGUACCAAGACGUGUUCAGGCGAUUCGACAAGGACAAGAAUGGAACGAUAUCAGUAGAGAACCUUGAGAAAGUCAUGAGGGCCCUGGGUCAAGAGGUCACGCAAGAUGAUGUCAAGGCCAUGAUCCGUGAAUACGACAGAAGUGCCAAUGGAUUCAUCCACUACGUGGACUUCAUGGAAAUCAUGGCAAGGAGGGGUGACCAGACAGAGAUUAUGACAGAGGAUGAAUUGGCCGAGGUGUUCAGUGUGUUUGAUAUGGACGGCUGUGGCAAGAUCACGGCCAACGAUCUGAGAGAAGCAAUGGCAGCUCUGGGCAACAGUAUAACGGAAGAGGAAGCAGAGGAGCUAAUAUCGAAGGCGGAUAUGGACGAAGACGGCAUGGUUAACGUUACAGAAUUUCGAGCCGCCUUUGAGAUGUUAGACGUGAAGGGAACAGGAAAGGUUUCUAUAAACCAACUCUCAGGGAUAAUUAAAAGCAUAGACCCCACGGCCAAACGCUCAGAUAUCAACAGUAUGAAGAAACUAUUGGACAAAGAUGGUGAGUUCGGCUUCGAGGAUUUUGUGACGGUUUUGGCUUUUCGAAUGCGACAGGCCGACUUAGAAGAAGACUUACAGAAGGCGUUCAAGAUUUUUGACAGGGAUGGCGACGGAUACAUUACGGUGAAGGAGCUGAGAUAUUUGAUGACCAAUCUAGGAGAACGAUAUACAGAGGAGGAGGUGACAGAAAUGAUACGAGAGGUCGACCUAGAUUGUAAAGGAAAGGUAGAGAACCUCACAGAAGAACAGAUAAAUGAUAUCAAAGAAGCGUUUUUGGUGUUUGACAAAGAUGGCGACGGAACGGUCAGCACGGAAGAACUGGGAGAGGUCAUGAGAUCAAUGGGACAAAAUCCCACAGAGAAGGAACUCAUGGACAUGAUUGCUGAAGUUGAUGUAGAUGGAAAUGGUGAUGUGGAAUUUGACGAAUUCCUACAAAUGAUGGCCAAACAGAUGCAGUGUACGGAUUCUCCUGAUGAGCUGAUCGAGGCCUUCCAAGUGUUUGAUGAGACUAAAAGUGGACUCAUAUCCGUGGCUGAGUUCCGGAGCGUAAUGACGACUUUAGGAGAACGACUAACGGACGAUGACGUCGAUGAAAUGAUCGCUGACACAGGACUCGGAGGCAACGGUUACAUUCGGUACAAAGGUAUCUUGAAUACCAGCGUUAAUUUUAUUGAUUAAACGACCAUAAUAAAC